GGGCAUACCUGAUCUCCAUCAUUCUUCACGGCGCCCGGCACCUCAUCAUCAUCAACAUCACUAACACCGCCUCGAGCUUCACCACUGCACUUCACAACUCACGUGAGACAUACCUCUAGACGAAAGGAGUACCGAAGCUGUCCGUCCGCUCCCCGCGCACAUCCUUGCUGUCAGCCCCGUUCCUGGUUGGGUACCGCCGUCACGAGUGCACGAGACGACGCAACGCAACGCACGCACGCACGCCAGCGGCAGCGCGCAGUGUGAAAGUGCAGGACAGUAUGGCUACCGCCACGGGAAUGCACAACUUGACCACUUUGAUCAAGAGGCUCGAGGCAGCAACCUCUCGACUAGAGGACAUCGCCGCUUCCUCACAGGCAUAUGACGGCCUUCCCCGAGCAGAUGGCACAGGAUGGGACAAUUCUAACGCUGCUGCGGGCACGACCGCUGUACCGAGUGCUCCAGAGCUGCCCUCCGCGACCCCCUCCGUCUCCCAGCAAACGAUCAAGGCAGUCGAACCCCUGCCGGCCCCGAUCAGCGACAUGGACGCCAUCAUUGGCAGCGAAGUGACGGCCUUCUUGCAGGCAGCAAAAGGCCUGGACCCGUUGGUGGAAGAGCAGGCAGCAGCAGUUGCUAAGGGCUUUGCUGAUCAGAGAAAGUUUUUGCUGGUGACUACGAAAGCGAAGCGUCCCGAUCCACAGUCUCAGACCUUCAUGGAGCUCCUGAAAGACCUCCAGCAAGACUUGGGCACGGCAGGAGACAUCAAAGACAGCAAUCGCGGGUCUCCCGUGAAAGAGCACCUGGCCAUGAUUGCAGAGGGUAUCAGUACGCUGCAAUGGCUGGUCAUGGAUGGCAAGCCAGCAGACGUGGUCGGAGAGAUGAUAGGCGGCGCGCAGAUGUACGGAAAUAGGAUCCUGAAGACUCAUAAGGAGGGCGAUCAGGCACAUGUGACGUUCGUGCGCUCCUACUAUACUCUGCUCACAGCACUGAAAGAGUACAUUAAGAAGCACUAUCCGACUGGUGUGACAUGGAACUCUACGGGCAUCGAUCCGGCACAGGCGAUGCGGGAAGCCGACGAGGUGCCCACCACGAACGGCACUGCGCCUCCAGCACCUUCAGCAGGUGGCCCGGCUCCUCCGCCACCUCCACCGCUCCCCAAAUUUGACAAUGUCCCGCCUCCGCCUCCCCCACCAGGUGGUGCUCCGGUUCCUGCUAAGAGCGGAAGCGACAUGGGCGCAGUCUUCGAUCAGCUGAACAGGGGAGAGUCUGUAACCAGCGGGCUGAAGAAGGUCGACAAGAGCCAGAUGACACACAAGAAUCCCACGUUACGCGCGAGCUCGGCUGUGCCUGGCGAUAUCAGCAGGUCCAAGAGCCCUGGCCCGUCGAUCAAGCCCAAGCCCGGAAGUCUACGGCAAAACAGCACCUCGUCGUCGAAACCGGCGCCGAAGCAAGGCAAGAAAGAGUUGGAUGGUAAUAAGUGGCUGAUCGAGAACUUCGAUUCUCCUCCAGCGCCGAUAGAGGUCGAAGUCAGCAUGACACAAUCCAUCUUGAUCACAAAAUGCAAAAACACGACCAUCAUACUCAAGGGCAAGGCCAAUGCCGUGUCGAUUGACAACUGCCCGAGGUUGCAGAUAUUGGCAGACACGCUCGUCUCUUCGGUGGAUGUGAUUAAGAGCCCCAACUUUGCGAUACAAAUCACCAACACUGUUCCUACCAUUCAGCUGGACCAGGUUGAUGGAGCGAGCAUCUACCUGGGAGCCGAGAGUCUGGCUACAGAGGUCUACACGAGCAAGUGCAGCUCCAUCAACGUCAUUUUACCGCCUACUGCAGAUGAGGAUGACAGCAAGGAGGCUCCUUUGCCUGAGCAGAUGAGGAGCUUUGUGCGGAAUGGCAAGCUUGUCAGUGAAAUUGUCGAGCAUGCUGGGUAGUCGUGGUUGAGGAGAUGUAACAUUGUAGCAAUAUGUACUGGUACGUGAAAUCAAAUCUACUGCAUAGAACACG